AUGGAGCGUGUGCGCACACGACAUUGUCAACUGUAUUUCGAAAGUAAAGUGUAUCGAGUACUUCGAGAAACUCCUGGAAUACCUCGAAUUCAGUUUUAUGGACUCGAUGGCGUCAGAAAUCUAUAUCAUGCUAUGGUAAUAGAACUUUUAGGACCUAGUUUGGAGGAUCUUUUUACAUUUUGUGGGCGCAGAUUCACAAUGAAGACUGUUUUGAUGUUAGCUGAUCAGAUGUUGUGGAGACUAGAUUUUAUACAUGCAAAGGGCUUUAUCCACCGAGAUAUUAAACCAGAUAACUUUUUAAUGGGUAUUGGUCGUCAGUGUAACAAAGUUUUUAUCAUUGAUUUUGGUUUGGCCAAAAAGUUUCGAGAUCAUAGAACACGUCGUCAUAUUUCAUAUAGAGAUGAUAAAUCUCUCAUUGGCACAGCGCGUUAUGCUAGUCUUAAUUCUCAUGCUGGCAUUGAACAAUCUAGAAGAGAUGAUAUGGAAUCUCUAGGUUACGUUUUGAUGUACUUCCUCCGUGGUAGUUUGCCAUGGCAAGGAUUACAAUUAGUCUUUUUCGCUCUUAGUCUUUAUAAUUACUUUCUUUGUUUUUCGAACUGUUAUCCUUAA